CUAUCACAGCUGGAGAGUAAGUGACGUUAGUAUCUGUGAUUAACAAACACUAGUAGUGCAGUCCUUCGAUGGACUAGGAAUGCUUGGAUGUGCUUACAAUGAAGCUGUAGUCAAAGACGCAAAAAAUGGAGUCUACCUACGCAUACGACCCACCUAUUAAGCAAAAUGAUUCAAACUUGUCAACAAUAUAUUCUUACACACUAUCUGAACCAGAUGAUAUCAUUGCAGCAGUUGAAGAAUAUACAGUGCCAAUAAUCUGCAUCUUUGGUAUUAUUGGAAAUACCAUAUCAGCUUUUGUGUUUCUACACAAGGCCUUAAGGGACAACUCUUCAAGUUUUUUCCUCGCAGCACGAAGUAUUUCAGACAACGGAUUCCUUGCGACCCUACUUACAAUCUGGGCGUCUUCAGUUUACGGUCUACGUCUGGGUAGCGUUCCCGGUUUGUGUCAAGCACUGAUUUUCUUCACCUACUUUUUCGGAUGUGUUUCAGUCUGGCUUGUUGUAUUCGUAACGGCGGAAAAUUACAUCCGAAUAUGCAGACCAUUUCUUGUCCAAAAGAUGUGCAGUACAACGAAUGCGAAAAUUUCUGUGAUCAUUUUGCUCGCUCUGGUCCUCAGUAUCUACAACUUUCCGUUUUGGACAAUGGCAGAACAGUGCAUACCUUACAGAAAAUAUUACGAUUUUAUCCAGGUAAUGGUAUACAUUGACUCAGUUCUGACACUUGUCCUCCCAUCAUCUAUUAUGGCAGUUCUGGCGUCCGCUAUGGUUGCUACAACAAUAGCUUCGUGCAAGCGACGUAGGAAGAUGAGCACAAGUUCAAUGACAAGCGUUAAAAGCCCAUUGACAAAGGUAACAACUAUGCUUUUAGCUGUGACACUUAUCUUCUUUAUCUUGAACUUGCCGCAUCACGCUGUUCGUUUUAGACUCAUGAUCCUAGCAUUCGUUGAGAAACAAAGUGUGGCUGCUACAUUGCCAUUGGAAAUCACGAUGCAGUCCAUCUCACAACUGUUGUAUUAUCUAUCACUGGCCAUUAACGUCGUGAUCUACAGCAUUUUCAGUAGUAAAUUCCGGACAACUAUCAAGGACUUUGUGAUGAGACGGGAUUCACGUCCGAACAUUCAUACAAGGACCGGUAUUCCAAUUUAUCCAAUGCGUAGGGCGGACCUGUCACUGCAAGAGAUUCCGGGAAAUAGAAUAAAGAAUAACAAUGAACUGCUACAUGAAGAAACACUCCCGUUGCGACGUUUCCAAAGCUCAAUAUUAUAAUUCUUCUGAAGUCGUGUAUCUAAAAAGUUAGAUAUAAACAAAAUGUUUUCAGAUUCGUAUCGAACAUGGUUUAGAUAAUCGUAUUUGAUAUAAACAUUUGGAGUAAUACUGUUUUCAGAUUAGCAUUUCGCUAAAAUUAGAAUCAAUGCUAUAGACCCAAGGAGUGACCGCGUGCCAGAAACGCAUCCUCCAAAACAAACUCAUACAGCAGGGUUUGUAUAGAUGCGUGAGCAAUAGGAAAUGGACGAUUUAGGAUAUUUCGUCACUUUGACGAGUUCUCUGUUUAACUGUGACAUUUUGUUUUGUUAUUCUGGCGGGUGUUUCCACGGGCCAUAACGUAUUUUAAGAAGUUUCGUUAUGUCAUUUUUGUGUGCGCGCGGCUUAAUGAAAUUAAAAGUGCGCCAAAAUGAGACAUUGCACACAACAGAACGAAAUAUUCAAUUUCGCGUAAAUCCGAGCGCCAAGACAAAUAAAAUGUUCCGCUGCAUUGAUUUCUCGCACACCAUGGCAAUACAACAACGAAAUCUGCAACAUGUGCAGUGUGCAAGCCCACGCGACACAACGAAGUCUUUGUUAAUAGCUCAAGCGCCAACGCGAAUCAACGGAACAUUUUUUCCCGUCUUUGCGCAUGCACCGCACAAACACGAAAUGUAUUCGUUUACGCUUACGCCAGCAUGAAAUGAAAUGUUUCAUUCUAUCACUUUCAAUGUUUCUUUGUGACACGUUGCUCGUUUCGUUUUGUUUACCUUGUGCGUGCGCCAAGACGACACAACGAAUCUUUCAAAAUUUCUUUAUGGCUAUCACUAUAUUUUGAUAAACUAAACUGUUCAUUGUAUCAUGCCAUCGUCCUUUCAGUUCUUGGUAUAAAAUCUAUUUAGAUGAAAUUAAGGACAAAAUUCCUUGUAACGUGAAAGAUUAAUUUCUUUUUCAAUCGAAUUUGGUGUUGAUUUUGGUGUUGAACAUUGUUAAUUAAACAUUUUGUAGCGUCCAAGAAUUCAGAUAAGAAGUUUGUUUUCAGUCAUUUGUUUUCUUUAUGAAUACUAAGAAAUGUCAUUCAUCCAAGUAGGGUAUAUUUUAUUUAGAAACCACUUCAACACAUACGUUCAUAUAUAGAAAAUAAUCAUAUUAUAAUAUAUUUGCUUGCCUUUAUCGAGUCUAUUUCCAUAUGGACAAUUACGUAAUUAUACGUAUGCGAUACAAGUAAUUACUGUUUGACGUCCUGUUUUGAAGCGGAGUAAUCUCUGCUAAGUCUUAAAUAGUCACAUAAUCUUGUAUUGAUUACUUCUUUGCCCACACACAUACUUGUAUUACUGUACCUGAACACCGCUUGUAAUUUGGAUGUAUGCCCUUAUCAUUCAAACCAAAAUAUCGUGCUCUUAUGUUGCAAAAAUUAACUUUGUGUUGAAAUGGUUUCUGGAUAUAUAUCUCUUUACUUAUUGUAUGCAUGUUGGUCAUUAGUGAACAUUGACGGUUAUAGCUAUUUUUUGCGAUAAAUAAAUGUAAUGUGUGACCACUGUCUUCUAUGAAA